AUGCGCCCUUCACUCGCUACUGCAGUCCUACCACCCAGGACCCGUUCCCACAAUCCUCCCAACCUGGCUGUGGGGGGCCGUGAACACUUGUCAGCUCCAAGAAGGCGCAGCCCGCACCUCCGGCACACCCUCAGCCCAGAAAACCUGCGGACCUUGGCGGAGAGGGGCGGGGCCGCUGUCGAUACCGUCUCUGUCGUCAGCAGUCCCAUAGGGCUUCCACGGGCUAACAGCGACACAGACCUGGUGACCUCCCAGAGCCGGUCCUCGCUAACAGCGUCAACUCUGGAGUACACACUGAACCGUGGUCAGAACCUUGUCAUAUCCUGGGACAUCAAGGAGGAAGUGGAUGCUACCGACUGGAUCGGCCUGUACCACAUUGAUGAAACCAGUCCGUCUAACGUGUGGGACUGUAAGAACAGAGGGGUGAAUGGCACCCAGAAAGGACAGAUUGUUUGGAGGCUGGAGGCUGGGCCCUACUUUAUGGAGCCUGAGACCAAGAUCUGUUUCAAGUACUACCACGGAGUGAGUGGAGCCCUGCGAGCUACAACCCCCUGCAUCACCGUGAAGAAUCCAGCCGUCCUGGUCUGUGGCCCCGGGCUGGCAGAGCAGGUGGGCAUUGAACAUCCUCGGAAACUGAUCAGCUUUACUUUGACGGAUUUGCGUGCUACUGGCCUGAAGAAGGGCAUGUUUUUUAAUCCGGACCCUUACCUGAAGAUGUCCAUCCACCCAGGGAAGAGGAGCGUCUUCCCCAUCUUCAGUCAUCACGGACAGGAACGAAGAUCAGCCAUCAUUGCUAACACCACCAACCCCAUCUGGCAUGGAGAGAAAUACACAUUCGUAGCACUAAUGACAGACAUCCUGUAUAUUGAGGUGAAGGACAAAUUCGCAAAAAGCCGACCAAUCAUCAAACGCUUCCUCGGUCAGCUCACUAUCCCUGUGCAGCGGCUUAUAGAAAAAAUACCUGGUGUUCAGCCUGUCAGUUUCUCUUUGUGUCGGCGCCUGCCCACUGAACACGUAAGCGGCCAGUUGCAGUUCAAAGUGGAGCUCACCUCAACCGGGCCUGACGGCGCUUCUCCUGAUUCUAUCAUUGGCAUUUCAUCCUUGAACGGAGCUCCGGGGACUCCAUCUGAUGAUGAGGACCUGCCACAUCACCUUCCGGGGGUGGUUUCUUCAGGCCCCUCCCCUACCGGCUCCCAGGGUUCCCAAGGCAUGUGGGAAGGUGCGGCUGCGGCCUGCGUAGAAAAGGACCUGACUCUUGUCGGAGCCGAGGCGAGAUACAUGGAGCCUGAAAGCUUCUCGGGCCAUGAAAUGCUCCAGAGGUCAUUCAGUGAGGGUCUGGAUGCUAUUGAGGCCCCCAAGGGUCCUGGUGAAAGACCCCUGGGUGCAGCCUCACCCAAACUGCGCUCUAGCUUCCCCACAAACACAAGGCUCAGCUCUAUGUUGCACAUAGAUUCAGACGAGGAUGAAGACAGGUCGGGGGCCAAUGACAUCUCUCCAGUGCCACUGUCACCGCUGCUGAUGAACGGAGAGCCUCUAGAUGUCGGCGGUCCCGAUGAAGACGAUCCAUUUCCUGAGCUACAGCAGGAGCCUGAGCAGCUAGAGACCUCAGUGCUUGAAGAGGAGCCCGAGGGUGCAUGUGCUUUGGCAGAGGACAUGCCCCCUGAGGUGGAUGUGGAAGCAGGUCUCGACUUGGAGGAUGUUUUGGAGCCAGACGUCUUCUCCGAAGUGGAGGAGGCUCCUUUCACAGAAGCCGUGUCUCAUAACACUUUGCCAGAAGGUGGAGAGCUGCCUGAGGAAGGAAGGGUCCCUGGCGAGGAACCCUCAUCAGAGAUCGACACCUGCUCCAUGGCAACAGCCGCACAGACGGUCUUCUCAUCAUCAGAGAGCUGUCCAAUCACACUGACCACUGCUGUGGAAGCGGAGGAGGGAGCAGAGACGGCCAUUGAUCCAGGGGGAGAUGUAGUUCCCAGCACCCCACCAACUACUCAAGCUGUAGACGAUGAAGGCGGUGGGCAAACUGAUGUCACUGAGGCUGAAGGAGAAGCUCCGGCAGCCAGCGGGCAGGAGGAGGUGGAGGAGACUAGUGUAAGGAGGCUCAGCCUUCAGGCUGCAGGGGGCGUGGCUGAAGAACAGGAAGGGGAGGUGACAAAGCCACAGGAGGAGGCGGGGUCUGCGGAUUCAGAGCAAGUUACCACAGAAACAGACGGAGAGGAUGGUACCCAUGUCAACGGCCAUCCUGUACGUUCGCUUCCUUCUGUACGUCACGACAUCCACCGAUACCAACGUGUGGACGAGCCUCUGCCCCCCAACUGGGAGGCUCGUAUUGACAGCCAUGGGAGGAUCUUCUUUGUGGACCACGUCAACAGGACCACAACAUGGCAGCGUCCCACCGGACCUCCUGCCCCGCAGGGCCUGACCCGCUCCAACUCCAUUCAGCAGAUGGAGCAGCUCAACCGCAGAUACCAGAGCAUCAGGAGGACCAUAACCAACAGUGAUCGGUCAGAGGAAGCCUCGGUUGACUUGUUACCUGAACCAGAAAGCGAUCUAAUGCCUCAGUCCAUAUCUGAAUACCGGCGCGAAAGUGCAGUCGCUCACGGCAGCGGCCGCUCGCGCCUCUCCCUGCUGCUCCAGUCGCCCAGCGCCAAGUUCCUGUGCAGCCCCGACUUCUUCACCGUGCUGCAUUCAAACCCUAGUGCCUACCGCAUGUUUACGAGCAACACCUGCCUGAAGCACAUGAUCAGUAAGGUGCGCCGGGACGCUCAUUACUUUGAGCGCUACCAGCACAACCGCGACCUCGUCACCUUCCUCAACAUGUUCUCCAAUAAGCAGCUGGAGCUUCCCCGAGGCUGGGAGAUGAAGCACGACCAUACUGGGAAGCCCUUCUUUGUGGAUCACAACUGUCGGUCCACGACCUUCAUUGACCCACGGCUGCCCCUCCAGAGUUCUCGCUCGACCGGGCUGCUGGCCCACCGCCAGCAUCUGAGCCGCCAGCGCAGCCACAGUGCCGGGGAGGUAGUGGACGACUCUCGCCAAACCAACCCGCCCGUCAUGCCCCGCCCCUCCAGCACCUUCAGCGGCUCCAGUCGGAGCCAGUACCACGACGUGGUGCCUGUGGCCUACAAUGACAAGAUAGUGGCGUUUCUACGGCAACCCAACAUCUUAGAGAUACUGCAGGAAAGGCAACCCGAGCUAGCCAGAAACCACUCGCUCAAGGAGAAAGUGCAGUUUAUUCGCAGUGAGGGAGUCACUGGGCUGGCUCGUCUCUCUAGUGACGCUGACCUCGUCAUGCUGCUUAGCUUAUUUGAGGAGGAGGUGAUGUCAUAUGUGCCACCGCUACUCCACCCAGGUUACUGCAUCUCCUCCCCUCAGAGCUCCCCUGGCACUCAGCGAGCCAACGCCCGUGCUCCUGCUCCCUAUAAGCGAGAUUUUGAGGCAAAACUGAGGAACUUCUAUCGAAAGCUGGAGACCAAGGGUUAUGGCCAAGGACCAGGGAAAGUCAAGCUGAUCAUACGCAGGGACCACCUCCUGGAGGAUGCCUUCAACCAGAUCAUGUGUUACUCUCGUAAAGACCUACAGAGGAGUAAACUCUAUGUUAGCUUCGUGGGCGAGGACGGACUGGACUACAGCGGACCCUCCAGAGAGUUUUUCUUCCUGGUUUCCAGAGAACUGUUCAACCCGUACUACGGCCUGUUUGAAUAUUCAGCCAACGACACGUACACUGUCCAGAUCAGCCCCAUGUCUGCCUUCGUAGACAACCACCAUGAGUGGUUUCGCUUCAGUGGGCGUAUCCUUGGGCUGGCUCUGGUCCAUCAGUACCUGCUGGAUGCCUUCUUUACCAGACCCUUCUACAAGGGGCUUCUUCGCAUCCCGUGCGACCUGAGUGACCUGGAGUUCCUGGACGAGGAGUUCCACCAGAGCCUUCAGUGGAUGAAGGACAAUGAUAUCGAAGACAUGCUGGACCUCACCUUCACUGUCAAUGAGGAGGUGUUUGGACAGAUCACAGAGAGAGAGCUGAAGCCGGGCGGGGCUGGUAUCCCUGUGUCAGAGAAGAACAAGAAGGAGUACAUUGAGCGAAUGGUCAAGUGGCGUAUUGAGAGAGGAGUGGCCCAGCAGACAGAGAGCCUGGUCCGGGGCUUUUAUGAGGUGGUGGAUGUGCGACUGGUGUCUGUGUUCGAUGCCAGGGAGCUGGAGCUGGUGAUUGCAGGCACUGCAGAGAUCGACCUGGCAGACUGGAGGAACAACACAGAGUACAGAGGAGGUUACCAUGACAACCACAUAGUGAUUCGCUGGUUCUGGGCGGCUGUGGAGAGAUUCAACAAUGAGCAGAGGCUGAGGCUGCUGCAGUUUGUGACAGGCACCUCCAGUAUUCCCUAUGAGGGCUUUGCCUCUCUGCGGGGCAGUAAUGGACCCCGCAGGUUCUGUGUGGAGAAGUGGGGAAAAAUCACCUCCUUACCCAGGGCUCACACUUGCUUUAAUCGUCUGGACCUCCCACCUUACCCCUCCUUCUCCAUGCUCUAUGAGAAGCUGGUCACUGCUGUCGAGGAAACGAGCACGUUCGGUUUGGAAUAACCUCAAAAGCAGCUCACACCCAGGUGUAACUCAAGACGGGAGAACCAUCUGGAAAUCCACCUUUCUCGCUUUGGGAGGGACAUGGGAAAUAAAACUAAUAUCCUCA